AUGGCCGUUUCACCCGACACCUUCUGUCCUCGAAUGUCGCAACCGGCCACAAGCCGUCCCCCCUGCACGUUUCCAGCUCGGGAGGGACAUGCCGAAAUAAUCGACCAUUUGACGGCCUUUCCUCAUUACAAAUAUGGCACCAAAUUGUCGGACUCGCUCGCUUCGCUGUGUCCUGAAAUAUUGAACUUGAUACUAAAUCAUGCACGAAUGCUGCAUCCUGAAUGUCUCUUUUCACUCAGGCUUGUCUGCCGAAGGUUCAAUUCUGUCAUCACCCCGGUUGCGUACCACACCAUCGAGCUGAAUGACACUCUCCUCUCCCCUCGUGCAAGAUACUUGCAAACCGGGGCCCUUGCGCUCGUCUUCCAGUACUGCCGCCAUGUCAUCGUCCGCAGCGAUCUCCAUCCCUCCAGAGUGACACGAGUUCUAUCUCAGAUACAAAGUCUCGAGUCUAUCAGGUUCCGCUACGUAGCUCAGCCAUGCUCAGUCUCAAGAUCGUGGUUUCCAUCCGAGGUUUUGGAUCUAGACAAAAUCUUGCAAUGCGGUACUCAACUCCACGUUGAAAACCUGCCCAUCAGCAGUACCCGGCGUGACUUGGACGAUGCCUACUUUGAUGACCGCCUGGCCAAGCAUCUAGUGUCGCUCAAGAUGUCCCACUCUGACCCUCCGCUGACCACACGGUCGGGCUCGUUGAAGCACCUCAUCAUGCACUCCCCGAAUCUGCGGACGUUGCACUAUCGGGAUCUCGGCAUCGGCACGAACUUUUGUUUCCACACAGCAGAGCGGAUGCCGCCCUUGGUGGACCUCGUCUUGAAAUCUUACAACUGGCAACACUCGGCUGAUUCUGCCCGCAGGCACUGGGACUUUUCAAAGAUGCGAUCGUUGAAGCUCAUCGACAUUCCCACCUCCAAUUUCCUCGACUCCGUUCACCUGCCGGAUUUUGCCCUUCUGGAGACGUUGGAAGUUAAGGACUACGGCGGACACCUGCAGGACACGUGGCCCAGCGCGACGCGACGAUUAUACGACCUCGUCGGCCAUCACGUCCGUGCCCUGAAGACUCUCGACGUCACCUGUCACACGAAGCUGUUCGGCCUUGACGCUAUCCGACAACACGGACUCUCGUUGCAGGUGUUGCGUUUCAGGGACCAUGUCGGCUUCGAACACGACAGCAAGCGAUGCCCGACGCUGAGCCCCGUCGAUUUGGCUCUGCUGUCCGCCCAGCUCACCCGGCUGCACACGCUGGAGCUGGACAUGGACGUCUCGCCCAGUGGCCUCGGAGACUUUCUCGCCGCGGUAGCUUCGUUUCCGAGGCUCGAUACGCUGACGCUACAUGUCCAAACAUGCAUCCGGUCGUUGACAAGCGUCGACCAGCGUACCGACCCGGACUACCAUGCCACUAUCGAUUUGCUCAAUCGCUUACUAUGCUUGAGGGCCUCGCUGAAAGGUCGUCGGUCGUGGCGGCGCAUCACCAUCAACGUCGGCGGUUGGCGGCCGGCCAUGGUGCGCAGAGUGGGACACGAUUGGAAACAGCGAAACCGGGAGGGUGUCUUUGCAGAGAGAUGUUUUGUGCUUGAGCGAAACAGGAGAGGGUUGUACGAAAUCCGCGAAGAGGAAGCAUUCGAGAGCUCACGCCGUCGGUCGCCGAUCCAGUUGUAG